GACAUCUUACACUUGAUUUCCUCGCUUGGCAAGUUGUCGUUGUAUGAAGUAUUAUGUUCUUUCAAGCUUUCUAGAGUACUCUAGCAACAUUAUUCGAGUUUUAUCAUCAAGGAGUAAGUGACAGACUUAUUUUGUGUUGGAUCAGUGAAUACACAGGUUAUUUGUGUGUGUGUGUGUGGAGACUUGUUGGGGUUUGUCAACGUCAGACAUGAUUUUGAAAUCUUCCAUGACUAGCUAGGCCCUUGUAGUUUUGAGGAUGUGGGCAGGUGGACAUCAACAGGCAUCUGCAAAUGCCCAGCAAUGGUGGCAAAUGUCUUACAACUACCAGUAUCAAACUCAAUCUGCAGAUGCUAGCCAAGACUGGGCAGCUAAAGCAGCUUUGUGGGCUCAACAACGAAUGGCACAGGAACAGAUGGCACAAUACUACCAGCAUCAGCAGCCAACACAACAGGGAAGCCAAGCUCAGAUGCAUCAGCAGCCUGGGUAUGGUGGUUACCAAGUAGGACAGCAACCACAAAUAGUGGUCGACAAUCAUCUGUAUCACCAAGAGUCUGAUGCCCCACCCCUCCCUCCAGAGGAAGCCCCAGACCCACCACCACCAGGGUGGUCAGAUACAGCCAAUGUUGAAAGUCAACCUAUUGUUGAUAAUAUUGAAACAGUAGCUAUGGAUGAUGAGACUGUGGAGACCAAUGUAACGGAGGUUGAAGAAAACAACAAACCUCAUUUUGAUUAUAAAGAAGAGCGCAAGCCAGUCAUUACUCAAGAUUACAAUCACCAACCUGUGCCUUCUGUGCUUCCUGGAAUACAAACCUUUGAUCAUAAUCAUGGGUUUGAUAGACCCCCUGCUCAGCAGUACAGCCAUGCAGCAGUCCAACCCAUUGACUAUGGGCAUGGACAGAGUCUUGAUUAUGGCCAUCAAGCCCCUCUCCUUCCAGGGGCACAGGUUUAUGAUUACCAACCUCAGUUUGAUAGUCAUUAUUAUCAUCAGCAGUCUUAUGAAAUGGAACGACAUCAUCCCAGGUUUGCACAUGAACAUGCCAAACCUAAAAGCCAUCCUUCAGUUGAUUCUCUACCUGAUAUAAGUGCUGGAUUAUCUGAUGUGAAGAAAAAAGCUUUACCCUUGUGGAUAAGGGAAGGCCUUGAAAAGUUGGAAAAGAAAAAACAGAAGCAGGAACAAGAAGAUGAAAGUGACCCAAAGAAGUCAACUGUGAAUUUGUCUGCUUCUGGGCCAUCCACCAUUGCUGGUUAUGAUCAUGGCAAUGUCCAUUCUCCUGUACGAUCUCCAAAGAGCAAUGAUUCUGAUGAGGAGAGUGGCAAGGAAAAGGCCAGCCAGCACUCCUCAACGGAGGAAAGUGAUCCUGAUAGCUACAGUAAACACUUGGCUGCUAAAAGUCAGGAUUCCAAGCAAGGUCACUCAUCACAUAAGAAGGCCCAGUCAUCAGAGGAAGAAGAAGAGGAAGAGAAGACAGAAGAGGAUAAACAACAGGAACUGGUGGUGAACAUUCGUAAACUUCUAACGGAAGUUCUUUUAACGGUAACUAAUGAAGAGGUCAAAAAAAUUGCUCAGGAGACUUAUAAUGAUGCACUUAGAGGUCCAGCUCGACAGCUGCAACACUCAGGAGGCUUGGAUGCUUUGCGCGGAAAAGGAGGAUAUUUAGGACUUGGAGGUUACGGCUCAGACAGUGAAAGUGCAUCCAACGAUGACUCGGGCAAGGAAAAGCCAUAUGCUGAUGAAGAUGAAAGAAAACACCACAGUGCCGACGCUGAAGAUGGAAAGAUACGAAGAAGCCGAUCGCGAAGCCACCCCAGCAGAGAAACACAUCACAGACACGAGUCUGCCUUUGAAAGCGAAGAAGAAGCAGCUAAAAAGAAAGAAUAUCGCGAGCGUAGUAAAAAGGGAAGGCGACAUAGGAGUCCUCCGAGUUCAGACAGCGAAAGCGAGAGCUCUGUCUCGACUCACGAAAAGAGUCGUCGGAAAAAGCAUCGGCGGCGAGACAGGAGUGAUACUCCAUCUCCGGACCGCCAAAAAAGACAUCGUCGACGUCACGGGAAGAAAAGCCGCUCACGAAGCAGAUCGCCAAGGAAACACAGCAGCAGUAAAAAGAAAAGGAAAAGUGAGAGUGACUCGACCGAGAGCGAUACUGAAAGCAGAUAUUCUAUUAGUAAACAUAAGUCAUCUAGGCGUAGUAGGGAAUAUUCACAGAAGGACAAGAAGCAUCGUCGAAAACGAAGAUCUUCCAGUUCGUCGCCACCACCGCCGCCGCGUAAUGAAAAGGACGGUAAGAAGGACAGAAAACGGUGAUCGUGCUGUGCAUCAUUCAGGUGGAUUUUCUUUCCUGUUUUCAGUUUCUGUGAAUGAUUGUUUCAAGUAUCACUGUGUCUGUCUUUACUGUGUUCUGUUACCUUGCCUGGGUUUCAUAGAGGGAAGGCAUUUUUGGUUUGUGUGACUCACUUCAAUAUGUUUUGUUUGUUUAAAAUCUUUAUGGUGUUGAUUCGUUGUUCGCUCGUUGAAGAGGAAAUGCGUUUGCUUAUUAGUCCAACCAAGCCACAGUUAUUGAGUCUGUACUUGUGUAUAUUGUGGUUGGAAUAACUCCGAAAUUGCUCUACAUUUACAUAAACUUCUCCCUUCGUGGUCUGAAUAGCCUCUUUUAAGGCAUCUCUUAAUUGUGGCCCAAACAUUCUCAAACCAAUGGUAUGGUUAUUGUCAUGCGUUUCAUUGGUUGUCAUUUGUGCCACGAAUUCAAAAGCAAAGAAAUAUUCAAUCAGAGGAACGUAGAGAUCGUUGCGCACAAGUAUCCUGGUCAUGACAUCAUUUGGGGCUCACCCUUUCACUUCCCUGUAGCUGAAGAAACAGUGUUUGAGCUUGUGUAGUCCUGUCAGUCACGUGUCCGUUGGUUAAAGUGAAGUGUCCUGGUCAUGACAUCAUUUGGGGCUCACCCUUUCACUUCCCUGUAGCUGAAGAAACAGUGUUUGAGCUUGUGUAGUCCUGUCAGUCACGUGUCCGUUGGUUAAAGUGAAGUGUCCUGGUCAUGACAUCAUUUGGGGCUCACCCUUUCACUUCCCUGUAGCUGAAGAAACAGUGUUUGAGCUUGUGUAGUCCUGUCAGUCACGUGUCCGUUGGUUAAAGUGAAGUGUUGUGAAGUGUUGUGUUGCUUUUCUUUUUGUGUGCUCUUACCUGAUCAGGUUAUAUCGUAUGCUCUCUUGCAGGCAUAACACAAAAUGAAGCAUUACCAGAGCCGAUAAUUUUAGUUUCAGUUUAUUUUAUUGGGGAUGAGGACUUGAUUCCUCCCCACGGUGCGACUUGGAACGUCAAAUCGAAAUCGAAAACUUCAAAAUCAGCCAUGUUGCUGAUAAGACGGACAAUUGCGUAAACUGUACCUUUUAAAAGAUCAAAUUAAAAUAGAAUUUUUAUGAA